AGCAAAUAUGAGAGCAAACCAAAACAAAAGGCAGAAAUCCAACUGACUCUAUACAUGUAUACUAUAAACCCAGAUUUCAUUAUUGUUUUCACUGAGCCAAACAGAAAAACAGUGUCUUUUCACUGAACUUCUUCAAUCUCAAACGGUACCUGUUUUUGAGCAUUUAACUAUCUUUUUACCCAAUUGGCCAUAAUGCUAACGUUAGUUUUGGCCCUCGAGUGACAUCAGAAAGACAAUGUAUUUUAUAUCAGCUCAUGUGAUCUGAGGAAAGGACGAUGCGACCUAGAUGAGUCAGCUGUUUUCUAAGUGCUCCGACUGCAACAGGACGUUGUGCAAGCAUCAGUGAAAGCCAAAGCAAAACACAUUGAAAUUUGCUUAUGACGUCCUUCAGCCUUUUAAAUGUCUUCUGACAAAGGCCCAGCAUAAAUGCCCCUGCAAAAGAAUUUUAAAAAGAAACUGGAUACAUAAUUUACAACAAUUGUUAGCACAUCAAAUCUGUCAUUUUUUUUCUGAAACUGAAAUCUUUGUUCUUGGAUUUGAAUUUGGGUGCAGAUUUUCAUCAAAACUAGUCAUGGAAAGAAGAAACAUCUUGUUUAAGUGUUACCUUUUUUGGACUUUCAUUGCUCUUUCCUCAACAUUUCCAGCCAAGGAAGCAGAGGAAGUAAAUAACAGACCUAUCAUUGGUCUUCUUGUAAAAGAAGUUGACUACAGUGUUUCCAAGUUAGGCGAUGAGUAUGUGGAAGCGACUUAUGUCAAAUUCCUGGAGUUGGCCGGAGCUCGUGUGGUACCUAUCAGGAAUAAACAACCUCUUUCCUACUAUGACCAAAUUUUCAAAAGCGUCAAUGGGGUGCUUCUUCCUGGUGGUGCUACUGAUUUGAAGAAUAGCUCCUAUGCGGAGAUUGGGGCAUAUUUGUAUGACAAAGCCAUUGAGGCUUUAAAUCCGGUCGUCUCUUUCGACACAUGUCAAAGGAUCUCAUCAGACAUCUGGCAACAGAGCCUUUGACACAGAAUAAUCAUAAAUUCAGCCUUCUUGUGGAGGAUUUUAAAAAGUCAUCUUUGCUGUCGGGUUUCUACCAAAUACUUUCUACAAGCACUGGACCAGAUCAGCAAGAAUUUAUCUCUACUUUUGAAGCCAAAGCAUUUCCAUUUUAUGGCACCCAGUAUCAUCCAGAGAAGAGCAUUUUCAAAUGGCAGACAAACAUUGCAGUUAACCAUGGGUUUUAUUCUGUGCUUGCAUCUCAGUACAUGGCAGACUUCUUUGUCAAUGAAGCUCGGAAAAGCAAACAUGGCUUUGAAUCUGUGGAUUUUGAGGCUCAUCAGCUUAUUGAAAACGACAUGGAAGUAUUCAGGGCGGACCAUACUUUCAGGGACACUUAUUAUUUUAAUUUUACCAAUAGCAAACCAUUACUAUUUCAACCUGCUGGAAAGCAGAAUGAAAAACAAAUGCCAUUAGUCCCUUCGGCUUGAUAAAUUAUCUGUUUUAAACCAGUCAGUUUCCCUCUUUUAGAUUGAAAUAAUUUACAUAAGGCCGGUCAGUAUUGUUUCUGUGUGUGUGCAUGUGUUUCAUUGUGUGUAUCCUAGAUGUUUUAUACCAAUGGUGAAUAGACAGCAUUCGUUUUGAAGCAUCGGACUAUGAUCAAAGUACAGGAAAGUGGACAUACUUCUGGUGAGCUUGAUAAAACUCAAUGUUUGCAAUGUUUUUAAAAAAACUUUUUGAUCAGUCUUGUUUGUUGAAAACCUUGUUGAAUUACAGAGCCUACCUCCUUUUACUUUUAACAAAUUUUCCAAGACUAAUACAAAGAAAUAAUUGAAAGGAAGGGAUCUAUACACCCCAGUGUGAAGGUGCGAAAAGGAAAAAUAAAAAGUUACACACAGAUUGAAUCCACUUAGGAUGAAAUAUUUUUAGGAUGGCAAUGUCUUACACGAAACAGGAAUAAAAUGUAUACAUUUUGGUGAAAUUAAUUUUAAUACUGUUUUCCAUCACUUCUCAAUGAAUGUAAUAUCUCCCUCACCAUGUCUCAACAGAUCUUCCAUGAAUUUUAAACCCCAACUUAAAUCAAUCAAAUGUAAAUAUAAAUAUCAGCUUUUAAAUCACAUAUAUUGAACAUGACAAGUAAAAAUAUUUGAAAGAUUAGCUUUAAACUAAUCAAAUUUAAUUUUUAAGGACUGAACAAAUGAUUGAACAACUAUCCGUACGUCCGGGGGUCAUUUUGUACCCCCGGGGUUGUAUUCUUUACAUUUUCCAAUACUUCUAGUACGAAGAUCUCUUUGAAACUUUUAGUAUUUCUCAAAAAAUCGUUUUGACAGACUGCUAUUCAAAGCGUUCGGGUCGGAUUAAAGAGUUAAUUUCUUCUUUGGAAAGUGGUGGCACAGAGUUCCCCACAUCGUCCUCUAUGUGUGUAUUGAGGGGACAAAAGCAUUUAUAUAUAUAUGGUGUGAACUAAUUCAAGUAUCUUUGAGUAGUUUUUUUUAAAGAAAAUGUUGAAUUAUUACUAUUUUUCCAAUCGUCCUUUUAAUUUUCUUCAAAGCAUUUGGAUUUUCAGGGUAAAAACAAAAGCACAAAUUCUGAACCAGUCAGAAUGCCCAAAAGAAUAAUGCACAAAGAGUCUUCCAUAUCUCGUCAAGAAAUUUAAUAUCUGCUGAAGUUGAUCAUUUUUAAAAUUAAAGUUGAAUAUAUGCACAAAUUUUAGCCUACAUUUAACAGACAGAACUAUACACAUGUUUCUGUGCCCCUUUCUGUCGUUCAUCAGGUGCUUGAAAUAUGUUGUUAAAGCACAUCUAGGUUCUAGAUUACUUCCUUUAAAUGUGUUCUUACAGAGUGAAACAUGAGAAAGGGUGAGUUAUUAAGAAUGAGAUUGAAAGAUUCAGCCAGAUACAACCUGUAUUACAAACUGAAUAUUUAUGAUUUCUAGCUACCUGUUCAAUGUCUGAAUAUUCUUAUAUCGAACAAUAAAUUUUUAUAGCUCCUAGAGAUGUUUACAUCUUUUAUUGAACAAUCUGCGUGUGAACAAGUUCCAAUAGAUCAACCAACUACUAACUAGUGCAUCAUGUAGAGUGCUUAGUAGGCAUACCUGUGUAAGGGCACUUGAUUGAAAAAUGCUGAUUUAGAAGGACAGGAAAUUGGAGUCAGGCAUGGGCUUACUCUUAAUUUUUCAGUCCUCUCAUAAGCCUGUUACUGUUGCUGAGAAUAUUGCAGUCACUUACUAUGAUCUGGUCAAAUACGGCACAAAAGUAUAAAGUUAUUUUUACUAUUAAAUGUUGAUCACAAUUUUGGCUCAUUUUCAUUAGUUUUGACAUUAUGCAUUUAUGUUAGAGGACAUAAUUUUACAUUUAUUUUUAUUGCAAAAGAGCACUUGCAUCUUUUAACCCUUUGAGCCUACCGGACCUGAGUGGACUGCGGGAGAUAAGCACCACUCUACGCUGACGCGCGUUUUGGGUGCAAAGAUGGUAAAUAAGGUCUAUUGAGUUAAGGAUUGCAUUUUUUUUGUCACUGAGAACUGUGUUUUCUCUUUUAAAUGAUAACAUUUUGAUAUGAAAUUAUUGCUCUUAAAAAGGCUUAUCAUGUUCUGUCUGUUCCUCUAUUGCCAAGCUUUCCUAAUUUUUAAAGAAAUUAUAUCACAGGGUGAGUCGCUCAAUAGUUUGGAUUUUGAUGCCAAUUCACCGAUUUUUCCCAGCUUUCUUGUGUACCCUGCCAGUUUUAACUAAUAUCACAACUAUUUUACUGUUAUUUCAUUUUCAUCAAGAAAAAUGUUACAGUGUAUUUCGAUACGUUUGCUUCCUGGCCAUUUUUGUUAUAAAAUUUUCAAUUGUCAACUUCCUUAUUUUACUUAUCUGAAAUGUCUUCUUAAAGAAUUUCUUAGCUUAUUGGUGUUUCAUUUCUUUCAAAGGAACAUGCAAGUAAGUGUUAUGACAACUAAAAAUGCGAGAUGUACAAUAUGCCUUUUAUCAAGUCCUCAAGAUUAUAAAGGACUGUAAUCUAUUUAUGCUGUAUACUAUUUCAGCAGAUUUUUAUUUGUGUGAUUUCCUGACAGAGACAUUGUAUAUCCAUGCUGCUGUUGUAUUGACUAAUUCCUUCUUUAGAUUAUAACUGAUGUCUUCACUUGUCGAACUUGAUAUCUGAGGAGAUACAGGCCUUUACUCUAGCUAAUUAUCCUUUCAAAUUUUGAAUAGUGUUGUUGUUAACAUUCCAUUUUCCGUACUUUAUUUGUGUCUAAACAGCUGUAGAUCAUUUAUCUGCUGGUAAUUGUGCCCGUUUUCCAUUACUUUUGAUUUUGAUCAUCAGAAAGUCCAUCAUUCUUGACUUUGCCUUGUUGCACGAACCUAUUAGUUGACAUCAUAGUCAUAGGACAAUUACUUUAAUUAAUUUUUUAUGCCUUUACAAAUCAAUGAACAAAAGUAAGCAAUUUCACAUGGCAUCCAGAAAUUGAAGCAUAGAUAUAUGACAUGAUGCAUGAGGUUGUAUGAAUAUUUUGAUAUAUUGUGGCCUGACCUAAUAAAAAAACAAAGUGUAGGGAAAUCUAUAUAAUUUAAUGUGAGAUUUGGUGUGGAUUGAUUUUGGUCCUGUGCUGUAUGCGGCGCGGACAUUCUUCACUGUGUCUUGAGGGCACUUAGUCAACUUAGUGUGGGAUGUGACAUUGCCAUGGCCACUCAAUCAGUGGCAUACUUUGCCGUGUUGUGUUUGGUACUUGCUAUGAGUAAGCACAUACGAUCUAUGGCUGUUGCUCAAUGUCAAAGUCAAAGUAAACACAUACGAUCUAUGGCUGUUGCUCAAUGUCAAAGUCAAAGUAAACACAUACGAUCUAUGGCUGUUGCUCAAUGUCAAAGUCAAAGUAAAGGCACAUACGAUCUAUGGCUGUUGCUCAAUGUCAAAGUCAAAGUAAAGGCACAUACGAUCUAUGGCUGUUGCUCAAUGUCAAAGUCAAAGUAAACGUACUUAUUGAAUGCAGUGGAAAGAGUCUGGUAGGCAUACAUUUUAAGUUAAACAUGUAGGCUACCUCAAUACUCAUCAUAGAAAAUUGAUAUAUAUGGACUCUUUCAUGUAAUAACAAUGAUUUCCAAAAGAUGUUAGCCAAUUCAAAACAUGUAGAGCUACAUCUUUUAUUAGUUUGGUAAAUUUUGAAACUUUAACUUUUUCUCACAUGGACCCCACUUUGAAUUUCUGUGUUGAUACUUUGAAAAUAAAGAUAGUUACUACGUUUUAA